GAAGGCCAUCUCCGAUUGCCAGUGUAGGGCAAUGACCAAUUCGGCAAAAUACAAACACACAAAUGCCGAAAAAAGAACAAUUUGAAUAACAAUUGAACAAAUUUCCAAUUGGAAAAAUAAAUAAAUUACUCGUAAUCAACCAUAUAACUAAAAAACAAUGAGAUACCAACGAUAAACUAAGAGGCAUGCUGAAAGAAUCUAGGAAAUAAGAACAUUCUGUAUUGCGUGGCAGUGAUUUUUUAAAUCACAGGCACACCACUCAUCCAUUUGCACCGACACAGAGCUACACUAGAGCCCGGACAAUGGGUAUCGGCAUGGGUGAUAAUCAGGCAGGAAACGGAAGCGGAUCUGUUAUCAACAUUAAUGGGUCUUCUGCAGCAGCAACAACCACAAAAUCGCCUAAUCUACAGCGACGAUCCUCCAAUGGUGAUGUCUCCCCGCCAGAGUUGCGCAUUUUGUGCUUUGACCUCACUUACUAUAACCGAACUACACAAUUCCUUCUAAGCUGUGCCGGAGUCUUUGUCCUUUACAUACUCUAUGGAUAUCUGCAGGAAUUAAUAUUUACAGUAGAGGGUUUUAAGCCAUACGGUUGGUUUCUCACUCUGGUCCAGUUUGGUUAUUAUAUUGGGUUUGGACUAGUUGAACGGCGGUUGGAAAGUUAUAGGGCUAGUGGUGUCCCAUUUUGGCAAGUGAAACCUGCUCCCCGAUGUAUACCGAUUCGCACAUAUUUAGUUCUGGCUGCUCUCACCCUGGGCACCAUGGGCUUAUCAAACUCGAGUUUGGGCUACUUAAAUUAUCCCACUCAGGUGAUUUUCAAAUGCUGCAAACUUAUACCCGUGCUGGUGGGAAGCAUUCUGAUCCAGGGUAAGCGUUACGGUCCCUUGGAUUUUGGUGCCGCUUUCUGCAUGUGCAUUGGAUUGGCCUGGUUCACUUUGGCCGAUUCCCAGAUGAUGCCAAACUUUAAUCUUUGGGGUGUGGGCAUGAUAUCGGGAGCCCUGCUGUGUGAUGCUGCCAUUGGCAAUGUUCAGGAGAAGGCCAUGCGAGAUUAUAAGGCUCCAAGUAGUGAAGUAGUUUUCUACUCCUAUGGCUUGGGAUUUGUCUAUCUCCUUGUUGUUAUGCUGAUCACAGGAAACUUCUUUAGUGGAUUGGCCUUUUGUCUGGAGCAUCCUAGGGAAACGUUUGGCUAUGGGUUCCUCUUCAGUUUGUCUGGCUAUUUGGGCAUACAAUUUGUUCUGGCUUUGGUAAGGAGCAGUGGAGCUCCUAUAGCCGCCACAGUGACCACAGCACGGAAGGCAGUGACUAUAGCCUUUUCAUUUGUGCUGUUCAGCAAACCUUUUACAUUACAGUACCUUUGGUCUGGAUUGAUUGUUGUAUUGGGCAUCUAUUUGAAUGUGAUCAGCAAGAGGCAUAAGUUAACAUUUGCCGAUCUACGGCAUCGAUUAAAGCAAUUCAGUUCUCGUAUGGCUAAAUCGCCAAAUCGUAAAUUUCUCAUUGAAGUUUAAACCUAUUUUUGAUACCAAAUUUAGUAAAAAAUUUGUUUAGUUUCUUUUGUAAAUAAGUGUACUCUUAAUAAUAUGACAAUUUAUGUAUA